AUGUGGCUUACAUUUGUUUUUCUCUUGUUUGCCUCUCCCAUCAAGAUAAUCACAGGGUCAGAUUGGUGCUACCAGUCUGAAGAUGUGUGCAGUCACAAGUGCACCGGUCCAGAUGUAUGGGGAGCAGUUUCACGCCACUGCAGCGGGAGACAUCAAUCUCCGGUUAAUAUUGUAACAAGGAAAGUGCUGCCUGAUGGACAACUCACUCCUUUUCACUUCAUUGGCUAUCAAGAAGCUUUUCAUGGUCGCCUCAUAAACAACGGACACACAGUUCACCUGGAUUUACCCUCCAGAAUUAAGAUUAAAGGAGGGAACCUGGCUGUACCAUACAAAGCACUUCAAGUUCACCUGCAUUGGGGCAAUGAUGGAGGUCCGGGGUCUGAACACACGAUUGAUGGAGAACAGUUUUCAAUGGAGAUGCAUAUUGUCCACAUAAAAGAAGAGUACAGCUCUGUAUCCCAGGCUUUAAGAGACCCCACAGGUGUCGCUGUUCUUGGGUUUUUCUUUCAGGAGUCUGAGUUUGCUAAUAAGAUAUUCGAUCCCCUUGUAAAUGCUCUGAAAUAUAUCACCCGAUCCAGCAACAGCACAACACUAGGGGGCGUGUCACUGGAUAUGUUCAUUCAUCCUCAGAUUGAUAUGACUAAGUACUAUCGCUAUUACGGCUCCCUCACCACACCUAACUGUGCUGAAGCUGUCAUCUGGAGCCUGUUUGAAAACCCCAUCCCUCUCAGCAGGAAGCAGCUCGCUGCGUUCUCCAAGCUUCAGUUUUCUAACGGGAGGCAGAUGGUCAAAACCUUCAGACCCGUCCAGCCUUUAAAUGGACGGCAGGUGUAUUACUCUGGAGGCCAUGUUGCUGUGGUCAGCACUGUGUUACUCAUCAUGUCUGUGAUGAUGUCCACUACACUCUCAGGAUGA